GACGCCUUCAGCAUGGAGCUGCUGAGACUCCCCUGACCUCCCUGCAGACCAGGAGCCCGGCUGAAGACCCACCGGCAGGUGAUCGUCUUCAAGGUCACAAUGGAGGACUUUGAAUACAGCGUGGAGAUCUGCGAUCGGGACUGGGAGUGCUUCUUCGCCGAGUGUGAGGAGUGUAACCUGCUCCCUCCGUCUCUGGCCGGACUGGACGACUCGGGAAUGAGCGACAUGGACGACGCCGGCUCCGUCCUGGCUCAGAGGGCUCGGAGAGCGGAGCCGGCCGCCUGCCUUCCCGUGACGGACCGGCCCAUCGACGGACCCCCGGACUGCGAGGGCUCGCCGGUCGAGCACUAUCUCAGUAGGCACGGCGUCGGCGGACUGGAGAGCGUCCUCUCGGGCAGCGAGGAGGACAUCCACCUGCGGUCCGUCAAUUUGUUUUUCGAGGGGUUGAAAGGUCUCGCAGAGGGUAAGCCUCCUGAGCCAGGAAAAAACAGAGAGGUGGAGGAGGAGGAGGAGGAGGGGAAGGGGGUGUGUGGUGAUGGGCGGCGAGCCAGCUGGAAAUCUGAGCCAAAAAACAUCCCCGAAUUAAACUGUCUGCCUGCCAAGGGUGAAACAGCAGUUGGCAAGGAGACGAUGACGCCUGGAGGCACAAUGAGCCACACGAACACACUGACAGGAGAGGUGUGUGAGAGCAAGACUUCCAGUGAACCUGCUCCCCCACAAACGCACUCUAGCUCAUCAGAUAGAGCUCAGUUAUCGAACACGGGAUCAAUGAGCGGGGCGACGCAGUGGAGUCGGUCCGACUCUGAAGCGGAGACGUGCCUGACGAAGGGGGGAGGGUUGAUGAGUCCGCUCAUUGGCAGUGAGAGGUCUGGCACCGAUCCAACCAGGAAUCCAGAUGUUAAAUGGAAGGAAAACCCAGUGUGUUCCCGGUCAGAGCCGGCGAGCCACGAGUCUGCGGCCUCCGUCAAGAAGAGGCGGAGGAAGAAGCGGCGGCUGAGCGAGGGAGGGCCGAGUUCAGCCAAGCAGAGCGACUCCGACGAGGAGAGAUACUCAUCACCAGGAAGUCUGGGUUCGCCUGACGCCGCCGCCUCGUUUUAUUCAAAUGAACCGCAGAAAAACGGAGAAGGAAGUACACGGUGUUCCACCGCAGGUACAGGUGAAACACCUGGCAGCGGGUCGACGCUAAGCAGCAGCGCUAACGGAGGAACACAUUCACAAGAAUCCCUUUGUUCGUCCGUCUCAACUCCAGAUCAGAUCAGAGAGAAUGGAGGGAAAGACGCGGACGUCGCGACUCUCCACCAGCCUGAGCCAAACGGAAAGUGUCAUUCAGCAGAGGUCAGGCCGGUCGGUCCCUCCGAGGGCCGCUGCCAAAACGACAGACUAUCCGCUGCUAAGUCAGGAGUGGCAGCCGAGGCUGGAAACUCUGGCGAAGGCCGGAGCGCGCCGCGUCAAACUGAGGCUGAGCCCCAACAACAGCUGGAAAUCCACUGUCACAACACGGACCGAGGCAGCGCUCUGCCGGAGAAGGUCUGCCCUCCUCCGUCUGCCAACGGCGCCGUCGCCUCGCCACUUCCUCAUGCUAAACCUCAAUUAAAAGGCGGAGAGCAUCUGUUCCUGAAUGAGGCCUCAGAUGAGGUUUUGAAUGAUGGAAGCUGUGUGUCCAGUUCACUAGAGGAAAGGAAAGAGGCAGAUGUUUCACCAGAAGGAAAUGCAAAAGAUUCUCCAGUGAAAGCGGAGCUUUUAAAGAGUAACCAUGAAGACUCGCCGAGUGUUUCAGACGUCACACGCGUGUCGUCCGCCCGUUCUCUGGAGUCCAUCAUGUCGCUCUCUAAUGAAAACACCACCGACUCGUCAGCCAGCUUCAGCUCGUCGGUCAGCGAGGGAAAAGAAGCAGCAGAUCCUGAAGGGGGAGAUCAGAAGUGUGAUUUACUGGGUGGAGCGGAGGAAAGCAUCACAUCUCCACCUGAGAGGGGGAAAAACUCAGUGUUUGCCAUUUCUUCCUUUUGGAGCGAGAUGGAGAAGCUGACCAUCAACGACAUUCUGGGUUUACGGUUGAUGAGCGGAGCUUCUCCGCCCGGCUUCCUUCCACCCCUGCAGGAAAGUGAGGAGACCGACUUGUUGACCAUCGAGGACGUUUCCAGCGAUCCCGCAUGUGUGGAAUCGAACUCUCUGGAUCUGUCUCCUCUGAAAAGUGUCACGUGGGAGAACGAGCCCGUCCUGCUGAGCCAGAGCGCAGAUCUCUACCCGGGCAGCGCGACCCAAACUCCUCCGACCAUCUUCGCUGUGAAAGGCCACAGAAAGCUCUCCAAAAACGUGAGCGUGCACAAUCUGCACGCUCUGGAAUCGGAGUCUCAGACGUUAGACGGAGAGAAGGCAGGGCGCUUCACAGGAAGUGUGCCGGAAGGAGACGAAGGUGUGACGGCUUCACCGCCGUCUCUGGCUGACAGCUACAGCUUCUCCCUCACAGACAUAUUUCAGUACCUCUUCAGUGGGAAACAGUCUCUCCAGACCCAGCCGGCUCCCGAGAAUCCAGUCUACUCCUGUGGAAACUCCGUUCCCGAGUCGUACGAUCACUUCUUCUCAGAGUUCGACACAGAAAGCUUCUUCUACCCUCUCAUCGCAGCAGAAGAUCAGGAAGUCCCCAUCUUCUCCUGCUCUCGCUCGGCUAACCAAAACCUGCAGUUUCCAGAAGCGUACGAUUAUUUCUUCAAAUCCUCUUCGUCCGACGAUUCCUCGGACGAGGACGAGGACUCGGGUCCUGUGAGGGUGGUGACCAGGUUCAGCCGGAAGGCCAGCUCCUCUCAGCUCUCCACAGACAUUUAUGACAACUUCUUCACCGAUCAGGAGGACUUCUUCUGGAACACGACCUUCUCCUUCAGGAACGUUAACUUUCCGGCGUCGACAGUCCAGAGGCAGGGAUCGAACCCGGCGUCUCUGGUUCCCGUCAGACAACACAGAACGUCUCUUCCAAGAGCCGCUCGUCACCUCAACGUGCUGGGACAUCAAGACGUGAUGUUUCCCGACCCGCUGCUCGGCCACCUGGAGGAGAGGAUCUCCAGACAGCUGGCACGGCGGCCGUUCACGCUGGAAGACCUGCAGACCGUCGUAUCCAAUCCAAGGCUGGACGCCCCCUUCCUGCCCCUCAGGCAGUCAGACAUGUGCAUGGUGUGCAUUGCGUUCGCUUCCUGGGUGCUGAAGACGGCGAACCCGCAGGUCGGAGACGCCUGGAAGGCCGUUCUGCUGGCAAACGUAAGCGCUCUGUCUGCCAUCCAAUACCUGCGUCGAUACGUCAGAGUGGAGGCGGCGACCGGCGACACCGAGCAGCCUGAACCCUGAGCGCUCUGGAGGAAACACGACACAGAUGAUGUGUUUCUACAUGCUCAGCUUGUGACUGUAAACUCAGAAUGCUCUGAUGAAACAUAAAAAAGACCAAAAGGCAGACUGAAGAUCGUGUGGAAGCAGGUUUUACGUUUGUAUGAUGGAUGUUUAGAAGAGUGCAGUGAACAGAAGGUGUGAGACUUUAGAGUUGAGAUGGUAAAAGGAGGAUCUCUGGAUGCACUGGAAGGCUCCUUUCAGCCUGUCUGCGUCUGUUACAAUUAUUCUGAGAAGUUUUUUUUAACCUAAAAGCAGUUCCUCUUGGAUUGUUAGGCCCCUUUCAUAGACUUACGUAACGUCACCCACAGCGUUCCCUAAACCGCAGGACGUCUCCGUGAUGAACGUUUGAAACCGAAUAUAAAAAACAUGAUAGGUCCAGCCUGUCACGUGACCGCAUCACGUGGACAGAGGAGGCGCUGUGAUAGGGAAAUUUAUGCAAAACUUUUGACUCAUAAAAUAAAAUCUAUAGAUGAGUCAAGGGAAAAUCAGAGUCUGGUCAAGACGACAGGGUUGUAGAAACUAUUGAUAGAGACCAGAACAUGUUCUGAAACCGGGCGCUCUUUUUGAAACCAACAUCAUCGCCCCCUGCUGGAAUUUCCCCGGAAUUACAGCUCUUCAGCACUUCCGCAUUAAUGUCACUUUUUAUCAGUGGAGGUUGGCGUCUGAUGAAAAAACGUCGUUUUUUUCAUUUUCGUUUCAGAAAAGCUUCACAUUCACACUGCAACGCUUUGAAAAUGAUGUAGUUUUCCUGUUGCGCCAUCAGUGGAGUUUCAUUUCCUCCGAGCAAUAUCGUUUUCACUUGAAAUGUUAACGCGGCCUUGUGGGGUUUUGAAACAUUUUUGUACGUAUCAUAAUUUUUCUUCUGAUCUGAAGGAAAUAAGUGAAAAUAAGCUGUUUUCACAAGAAAAAAAAAACUCAGUGAUCAACACAGCAUGUCAAUAAUCUCAGGAUUAUUAUGGCAUUUCUAUGAUAAGCAAUGGGACGUUGUUCUGUGCCAGUGUCAGUUUUGUAUGGUGUAUAGAGUAUUUAAUGAAAUAUGAGGUUAUUUAUGGAGGCCUGUACAGCACUGUGAUGGAGAAUUCUGUUGUUAACUUCAGUAAAGGAGAAUCACCCUG